AUGUUUUGGAUCGAUGACGAGACAGGAUACAUGGCCGUUUCACGACAGCAAUUCAGCAGUAAGAACAAGCCCAUAGAUAAAAUUCUGCUUCUCCCACAGGUAGCGAAGGUGCUCGUACUGAGUGGAGGAACUAUCCAAGCGUACAUUCUUCCUGAAUUGUCCCCAGCAAACAUAGGAAAAAUCAAGGAUGUCAAUGACGUGUGCAUAGAUUUGGACGACAGGAAACUGGACGCCAAAGAAGAAAAUUACAUUGGAAGCGUGAGCAAUAUAGACUGGCAUGUGUAUACUGACGUUACGGUUUUUACCAGCAAGAGCAUCCGAUUGGUUCGUAUAUUUGACGACAGCAUCAAGCUGUCGAAAGAUUUCAGUUACCCAGGUACUCUGCGUGGUGUCAGGCGGUCCAACUAUGUUGCAGUUGGCUCACAGACGAGCUACGAUUUAAUUGAUUUGUUUCAAGGACAAAAAAUCCCGCUUUUCCCCUCACAAGAGUCCCAUCCACAGAUAUCGGCCCUAGGAACGAACGAGUUUCUGAUGGCCUGUGGGUCCUCUGAUGGCCCUUCAAUGGGAAUGGUGGUCAAUUUCUCUGGGGAGAUUUCCAGAGGCACUUUUACCUGGCCAGAUUACCCCAGCUCUCUGGAGGUCGACUAUCCGUACCUGAUUGGCGCAUUUGGCAAGUCGCUCAAAAUAUACUCGCUUCACGAUCAACAGCUUGUGCAGACGCUCGACUUUGAAGCUGAAGUUGGGGUCACAAAUGUUAGUCAUCUCUUCAAAUCCGAUGACGAUGGUCUCAAGUCACUACUGGAACGGACGCCAAUAAUAUAUCAGUCCACCGCAGAAGAGGUCCAGAAAAUUGCAGAGGAAUCUGAUCAGCACUACGGCACCAUGUCGAGCAUUUUAGUAUACGAUAGAGAUGGGAAAAAUAUCCGACUAAUUAAGCUUCAAGCCAAGCCUCUGCGUCUAUUGCAGGUGUACCACAACGCUAACAAGGACAAUUGUUUAGAAAUAUUUGACGAGAUACUGGACGAAUACAGAAAUCCAGACGUUUGCAACGAGGUCGAGAAACUGUUUAUUCUCCAUCUGUUGGCUCUUCUCGGCCUCAAAUAUGAAAUUUUUGACCAGUGCUAUGAUCUGUGGGCUAGCAACGUUGACCAUCUCGAUCCGCGUCUGCUGCUGUAUGCGUUGGGUGUCCCUAAAGACGAAAUCUUUGGCUCGGUUUGGAUUUUUAGAGGACUGGCUGACGAGCUAGAAGACAUUAGAAACAAAUACAGCGCCAGCGCUCGAGCUAGGGAUUUUCUGCAACUAUAUUUGUCCACUUGUAUUUUAGAGGCAAAAGACCGCGAUCUUUUGAAAACCAUCGAACUCAACCUGGCCAGACUGAAUUUGGAAUCGCCUGAAUUUCUGGCACAAUUGAAUAACAUCAAGUACAGUAAGAACGAAAUUAUCGAGAUGCUACUUGAGACGAAAAAUUACUACUAUCUUGCAAAAUUCUAUGAAAAGCUGGGAGACAAAAGCCAGACGCUCUAUUACUGGAGAAAGCUACUACAAGGGGAACUUACAGACCCCAAGUUUCAGGAAAGUGACCCUUUGAAUUAUAUGGUUCAGUAUUUGCUCACUUGCGACGAGCCAUUGGUUGAAAUGCAUGGCAACUGGCUGCUCGAGAAAUACCCCGAAUAUGGACUUCAACUGUUUAUGCACCCUGAGCUGAAAGACCAUAAUUUCAAGGACGUCAAGAUUUUGCAAAUGUUGUCAAAACAGCACAGAAGAACGUAUUUGCAUUAUAUGGUGACAGUCAAGGGAGAAAAACAAUUUAUGGGAGACUUAAUUUUAUCACUGCUUAGGGAGCUUAUAGAGAUGGGCGGUAUGCAGCAGAUUGUCGAAAAAUACACAUCAUUACCACUUCCAAAACUUCAAUUUUAUGAGUUCUUGGAGCUGGAGUCCGCUAGGGAGCAUUCUCAAGCUAUUGAAUUGCACGAUCAAAUUUACCGCUAUUUGCUGCAAAUAAGCAAAGACACCAUGUCGAUACUGGAUCGCAAAAAUGUAGCUGAGCAGUGUCUUGAAAUAGUGGGGGCACACAAAGGCCUUUAUUCCCUUUUGGAGGCAGCCAUAUACUACAAACAGGCACAGCAUGAAAAAGUGGUGGCAGUUUUUCUGAAACUAGAGGAUUACGAAGCAUGUGAGAAUUUUGCUCGGACAUUGAAACUACCAGCAGACUUGCAACCAAGCGGCAGCGAGAGUCCGCCAUCUACGUCGUCGACUAUCUCCAAGACAGAGUCUUUGCAGAUGCUAAUAUUCGAAAAGUAUUUGCAAUUGGAGCGCCCGGAGUUGAUAGAACGAUUCCUAAACAAUAACAACGUCUUUCAGGACGUUGACGACGAGGCCAAUAUCGCAGCAAAAAUGGACAAAUUUGUCAGUUUGCUGAACAGGAUCCCAGAUACUUUCCCUAUCUGUAGAUUGGACUCGUUUUUGGUAAGCAAUCUGAUCAGCUUUCAGGACCAAGUGGACGAGACAACGCUCUGCAAAAACCUUAGCCGCGCCUUAUAUACCAACCUAAAGGGAUUAAAGGAUUAG